AUUCGUACGCCAGAGUAGCAAGGGAAGGAUGGAAAGGGCUGACCAUGAAACUAGGAUUUUAUUUUCCUUGUUGUAUUGCUAGGGUUUUAGAGGGUAUGUUGAGAAGCAGGAAUAGGAGACGGACAUGCUUGUUCUGGAGUGGAAUCCUCGCGAGUUUAGUGACGGUGUUCCUGGUGGUCGCUCUGAAGGAUGCUCUCCUCGCCUCCAGCUUCAUCUGCUCCACAGAUGACAUUAUGAAUAAACACGUGAAGAUCUUGUGCAAGGGUCUAGCUGAGCAAAAGAAGAACCAUCCUCCAGUAGGGGCUAUAAGCGAGAACAAACUCUGCCAAGAGCUUUGUGGCCAAGAUGUGUCGUCUCAGCUUGCGUGCCACACCUUCCACCUAAACAAGCCAACUGUCUUCACCCUCAACAAUGGGCACAAGAAGGUCAUCAAGAGCGUCAUUUCGACCGAGGACAGGGAGGAAGCCGUUGAUGAGCCAGAUGAGGCAAGUGAGGUUUAUUGGAACAAAAAAUCGGGAGAACAGUACUUCCCAACAAGAGAGGAACUGCAGAGCAUGGCCAUAACCUACGCCUCAAACUUCAUCGGUCAUAACAUCAACAAAGACUCCAUUUCUAAGCUCAUGGACGUGAAUAACCUCUAUAAAACGGGCACUGAAAUUGUUGAGUAUCAUAAGAAUUUCUGGUUGUUGUUACAGGAUCAUGAAUUUUUAAUGUCAUAUCUUUUAGAAGAGUUCAGGUUAUUCCCUCGUGUAUUGGGGACAUGCAGUUCAUACUAUGCUGUGGAGUACCUAACGCCUCUCACAGAGAAUGCAAUGAGGCCAUUUAGCCUUACCUGGCGGGAGAGGUUGUGGAAGGGCUUAGACAUCCUUCGAUAUAUAAGGAAAUUAGAAACCAUCUACACAGAACACAUUCAUCUGUGUGACAUAAAGCACAGUCAUUUUGGCUGGAAUAAGUCUGGUAAUGUGAUGUUCCUGGAUUUGGAUUCGGUUUUGCCAGAGAAUGCUCUUCUCAAGAUCAUGGAAAAUACACCUUCUUGUUCUGAAGACGAAGACUGCUCCUACUUUGACUGCAAAGGCAGGUGCCAUCUCAGAACGUCAAAGUGCGAAUUGGAAAGGGUGAACACUAAUCUUCAAGUGGUGUGUGACAAAGUUUUCUUAGGGAACACUGACAGUGUCAUAUCUCUCUAUGGAUUAUUGGUUUCCUAUGAAGGCAAUGAGGAGUUGAGUGAGGCCCUUGAGUUGUGCAAAACAAACAAAGGUAUGACCGUGGAUGGUAUGCUUGACGUCUUGAUUAGGGCAUCCAAUCACCUCCUUUACUAGUUGUUGGAGUCUAGUCUUAUGUGAUGCAAUAUUGGAAUUUUCUUUCAUGAUUACUUCUUUUCUUUAUACAAAUGUAAUGGUAUUUUGAGAGAAAUUACUUCUUUUAGUUAUAAAUGGUUGUUAAGAUGACAUAUGUAGUGAUUUUGCUGGUGAUUUAUGCAGCUGUUAUUCAUUAGAAGUUGCAGAUCAAGAAUUGGGAGGUUACAGGGACUCUUAUUAAAAAGGUUAGUGCGACAGAGUUGGAGUUGUAGAUAAAAUAAGAUUUAUAUCAAGCUUUUGGUAUGUAACAUUUUGAUGGCUUGCAUUUUAUACUGAAAGGUAUGAUGUUUUGUGAUUUUUAAACUCUACAGGCAAGGCUGGAGGGGAUUUUAUUGAAGAAAUUUCUGAAAAAGUUAACUAAUGUUUCAGAACAGCUUUGGCUGCUUUACCCCUUGAUAGGUGAUAAAAAAAAGAAAAGAAAAAACAGAUUUGCACAAUUUUUAGACUUCUUUAUGGCUGCUAAGUGAUGGCUGCUUGCAUGAAUCUUAUAGGUUAGUCCUAUGAUAUAUUUAAGUUUUACUCGAUGGAAGACUAAUAUACUUGUAAGUACAAAUUUUUUUAUUGUUCCGUCUCCAUGCACAGUUGUAAUACACGCAUCAUCUUUUGUUCUUUGAUGUAUAUGAGGCUAAAACAAUGACUAGAGAGAUUCUCAAAUGAAUAUUUAUUUUGUUUGAACAUUUUAAGUUAUACUCAAGAUGAACAUCAUAUUUAUUACAUUACAUUACAUUUCUUUUAAGAGGUUCCCGAAGUUCACAUAGGGAUUGUCUGUGUUUUAUUGCUGUAAACUUGUAUCUUUGGAAGUGGACAUUCCAGAAUUUUUGUAGCAUUCAGAAAUGUAUUAUUUGAUGGAUAUAGCAAAUGCAUUUAUACUACUAUAAGUAUGUAAAGUAAUUGGAAGAUUGAUACCAGGUGAGCCUUAUUUCCCUAAAAGGUUAAUACGAUAUGUCUUGUACAACAUUUUCACCACUGAAAUCAUUGUUGACACCAUUUAUUUCUAAGAUAAAGAUUUAGGAGUUUGCUAAUUGGAUGUGUGUGGU